UUUCACUUCAUAGCAAUAGCCCCCCCUUCCCCACUUUCAUUCUCCUAAAACAAACGCACAAAUACUAACAUUUGUGUUACUUUUCUAACUUUAUAAAAUCCUCAUCAUAUAAUAACUUGCACUUUACUCUUGUCCAAAUUAUUAUUAUUAAUAAUAAUAUUAUAAAAAAAAUAGCAUAUAUUAUACACAAAAUCAAGAGUUGGUGGCAUAAUUGCUACAUAUAUAUUGGAUUACUUAGACAAAUAAAGUUCCUACAAAAUUUAAACUUGCAAAAACUAGAAAAGGAAGAAUGAAGGAAAAUGGGAGGAAACAAGGGGCAGUGUCUCCAUGUGCAGCUUGCAAGUUGUUGCGAAGAAGGUGUGCGCCUGAUUGUGUGUUUGCUCCUUACUUUCCAGCUGAUGAGCCACAGAAAUUUGCUAAUGUCCAUAGAGUUUUUGGUGCUAGCAACGUCAAUAAGAUGUUACAGGAGUUGCCAAUGCAGCAACGGGGUGAUGCAGUGAGUUCAAUGGUAUACGAGGCAAAUGCAAGGAUACGCGACCCGGUUUAUGGUUGCGUAGGUGCAAUUUCAUCACUCCAACAACAAAUCGACGUUCUCCAAACGCAAUUAGCCGUAGCUCAAGCCGAGGUGGUUCAUCUACGUAUGCGCCACAUCCCUUUUUAACAUCCACGUAACGUACUUGGUUUAGUUAAGAAUCACCCUAAUGUAUGAUCGAUGUAAUAGUAUUAUACUCCUUAAUUAGCUUGUUGGAGCGAGACGAUGAUCAUGGUCUGGACCUACUUGUUUAUUUUCUGUUACCUUAAUCCUUUACAUCGAUCUUUAUACUUUGUAGUACACUAGCACAUCUCUCUCAUUCUCUACAUGUUAAGAGAAGUGAUGAUGAAGAUGAAAUAUGGCGAGGAGGAACUAUUAACCUUAUUGUACAUGUAUAACAUAUAAUCACUUUAAACAUAUUUAAUCAUGA